CUAAAGAUAAUAUUUACGUUUUGCAAAGCCCAACUAUGGCUCUUUAGAAGCACUGAGAAGCGCUGAUGUCUUGAGGACUUUUUUUAAGGCAGCAGGUUUGACCAAUCCAGAAUUGAUUACAAGCACAAGACUUCGAAAACAUGUAGCCACAGUUGCACAGAUUGUAAGUUUAAACAAGAAUGAUAUGGACAUUAUGGCAAGCUUUUUGGGCCAUGACAUAACAGUUCACAGAUCAUUUUAUCGCCUUUCUCAGGAAACCCUACAAGUGGCUAGAAUGGGACGCCUUCUGACAGCAUUCAACAAUGGCACAGUUGGACAGUACAGCGGAAAGUCAUUAGACGAAAUUCCUUUGGACGAGACUGCAGCAGAGUUAAGCAGCGACGAGGAAAUGGAGGAGGAGAAUGAAAAAGAUCUUCAAGAGAAUGAAAAUGAUCUCCAAGAGAAUGAAGGAGAAGACCCUGAAUCUUCUGACACAGACCAUGAUGUGCCAGUAAGACAGCCACAUGCAAAACCUGGGCCGUCCACAACUGUAACCAUGUCAGGUCAACCCAAGAGGCUUCAGAAACUCGGUGAAGACCAGAGUCAUCUUCUGAAGACGCUGUUCAAAACGAAUAUUGCGUUGAGAAAGGAACUUAAGCGUGAAGACUGUGAAAGAGUAAUGCAAAAAUAUGAAAUUCUACACGGAUUGUCAUGGAAAAAAAUAAAAAACACGAUUCAUAACUGGAUAACUGCUGAAAAGCGAAAAACAAAAAUGAUUAUAUAGCUUUUUAGCCCACCUGCGCACAAUGUUCUCAUGGUGAGCUUUUGUGAUCGCUUUUUGUCCGUUGUCCAUCUUGCAGCAUCAACAUUUGCCUUGUUAACAUUCUAGAGGUCACAUUAAUUGUCCGAUCUUCAUGAAAUUUUAAUUGACGAUUUGUCCCAAUGAUAUCUUGGAAAAGAUUACAAAUGGUUUCGGUUGGUUGAAAAACAGUAAUUUACACACCAUAUACUCCAUACUUAAAUCAAUAUUGUUAUAUGCAAAGCAGCAAUGCUUAAAAGAAAUAAUACAAAAUUGGGAGGGGCAUUACUCGUAUGAAAACAAGAUGGUGGUAUUUGUUAUAAACACGUGUAAAACAGUUUUUUCUGGCCGAAGACAACUAUUCAUACGACCAACUUCUGAAUUUUUGCAAAGCUGGUCAAAUUGAUUUCCAUUGUAGAAUUUACUUAAGUUCGGAGUUGCGAACUGAAUUGACCAUGUUUUUGUUAGCAAGUAACACUGUACAACAAGGUCUAUUUUUUCUCCACUCUCAAUAAACAUGUUUUACUUACUCUGAAAUAGUUUAUGAGUGACUAAAUUCCUUUGAAACAUUGGACCAUUUUCUUUAUUAAUAGAUCAUACUUGCACAAUUGUUGUUAUGUUUUCUUUAUGGUUAAGGCAUUGUGACAUGUAUAUUAAUUUGAUUUUUAUGCCCCCCGAUAGAGGGCAUAUAGUGAUCGGACCGUCCGUCUGUCUGUCUGUCUUUCAGUUACACUUUGCGUUUAGGUUUCGCAUUUAGGUUUCGAAAAAUGCUCAUAACUUCUAUGUCCCUUCAGAUAGCAACUUGAUAUUUGGCAUGCAUGUGUAUCUCGUGGAGCUGCACAUUUUGAGUGGUAAAAGGUCAAGGUCAUCCUUCAAGGUCAAAGGUCAAAAAAUAAUAAAAAAAAAUUUUUUAUUUCAAAACGGCGCAAUAGAGGGCAUUGUGUUUCUGACGAACGCAUCUCUUGUUUAUUUCUUUCAGUAGCAGUCAAACUGAAUUUCUUCAUUUGAUCAAAUAGAUACGAGUUUUUUGAAGAUUCAAAGGAUGAAAUAUUAAAACAAUAAUUGUUUAUAGGUUUAUAAGUACAUAAAAAUAAUAUGUCUAUUUAACAUGUUCUACAUGAUGACGUCAAAACCAUGUUGUUGUUUUUUUCUGUUUUGUUCGGACCAUUGUAUCAUUAAGCAACACAAUACAUGUACCUUUAAAGUAAUUAUACAUGUUCAUGUACACAAAUAGUGUUUCUGUUUAAUGUGUUCUACUUGAUGAUUUUAAAACCAUGAUUUUCACAUUUUUUUUCUUUUUUGUUCUGACCAUUGUAUCAUUAAGCAACUCAAUACCUUAAAAGUAAAUGUAUCUUAUAAUAAUACAUGCACAUGUCCAAUAUGUCUAUCUAGUGUGUUCUACAUGAUGAUGUAAAAACCAUGUUUUUUUCAAUUGUCUUUUUUGUUCUGACCAUUGUAUGAUUAAGCAACACAAUACCUUUAAAGUAGAUGUAUCUUAUUUCAUUUUUCUCACUGCGCAUAAUGCUAUGCCUUUAAAUAAAUAAAUAUUUCAUUAUUUGUUGUGACAGUUUUGUAUUUUCUUAAGCCAUGUUUUAGUCAGAUAUAUUCUAAUGAAAAGCAAGUAAUAUUGUACUAGUUUACAGUAUUAACAGGAAACAAUUGGUGGGAAUAAACACUAAAAUGAAACAUGUAUAGCAUAUUGCAACCAACACUACAUAUUAAUUAUUGAGUAUACAUUUCCAUUGAAUAUUUGUCAAGGAAUGAAAAUAAAAUACCAUUUCACUUCAUUUUACAUGCUCUUUUGUCGUUUGCAAAUAUAUAAAUGCUGGACAGGGUUAUGCAUUUAUAAUAAAUAUCUAUUGUCUGUUAUGUUAACCUGUGAUCCUAGUCAAUGAUUCUCUUUGAUUUUCAGUUUGAUUUACAGUUUUUGUUUUACCAAUAUUUUUUGUCAAUUAGAUCUCAAUUAAUCUCAUAAUUGAUGUUUUUGUGCAGUUACAAUAUUAAUCUAUUAUCUGUUAUGUUUGUCUGUAAUCCUAGUCUAUGGCAAGCGGUUCGACGCAUAAUCCCAAGAAACUAGGUUUCUCAUGAGAACCUAGGUUCUCAGAAUGAGAACCUAGGUUCUCGCUUAAAGAUUGCACAUGGCUUCAAGAAGCCAAGUUUUCAAAUGAGAACCUAGGUUUUUAUGAGAACCUAGGUUCUCAUUUGAAAACCUUGGUUCUCAUGAGAACCUAGGUUCUCAGAAUGAGAACACAGGUUCUCAUGGGAAACCUAGUUUCUUGCGGUUAGACGCAUAAUUCCAAGAAUCAUGAGAACCUAGGUUUUCGCUUGAAAAUUGCACAUGGCUUCAAGAACCCAAGUUUUCAAAUGAGAACCUAGGUUCUCGCUUUAAGAUUGCACAUGGCUUCAAGAACCCAAGUUUUCAAAUGAGAACCUAGGAGAACCUAGGUUUUUAUGCG